AUGACGGCCAGUCUGUCCCAGUGGUCACUGUUUUCUAGGAGAAAACAGCUCCGAGAGAGGACCACCAGGAGUCUGCGCUCACCGCAGUCCUCCAACGUCAGCAUUCUUCGCUGUGUUCCUCUGGUUGCCCUCGGACUUGCUCCGUGCCCCAACGCAGUCCAGCAGAAUCGUCGUAGACGUGAGUUCCGAUAGACAUUGAUUAAAAUUGCUCAAAGAUAUGCAUAACUCAAGCGCCCGAUGGAGUUACAAGUCUUGCUUACCGUUCUGCCCCGCGUUUGAGCCUAGCAGGAAGAUUAAUUUAAUAGGACCGAAAGUGACAGACAAAAAUACUCGUUCCUAGAAUUCGUAUUUCGCGGUCAUUCAAAAGAAUUGGAUUCGCUCUGACUUGGAUAAUUGUUAAAAGUUUGAACCAACCUUAAAGGCUUGUCUUAGUCUCUUCACUGAAAUUUAUUUCGCUAAUAACUUAUCAAGUCAUCGCUUUAACAUAUGUGUGUAAUCACUGCCACCGUCCGGUCUAACUCCGGUGAUGGAUGGGGAGUUUAAAGAAAAUUUACAUCUACUACCACAUAAGGCACUUGUUACAUGCCUUCUUGGACUUCAUUCUCUGUUCUUAAGACUUCCAGUAACCUGUGUACCAGAGCAACCGCAAAAGGACUGGAGGCCUACUGGCCAGCCGGAAUGUUCAGUUGUCGUAGAAGACUCCUUAAAAUGCGUUUACUGAUGAGGCUUUCUUAUAUCCUGGUGACUUCCUAGGACUCUAUCGACGUCGUGUAUUACCAACUUCCUACUCAAGUGUAACGGAACCCGUCGAAGGAGGCCUUUGGAGCCGACCAUCACAGUGGCUGAAUCCCAUGCGCAAGAGAGAGGCAAUUGCAUCUUUCCUGCCCCAACCCCCAGUCCAGACACUUGACCCCAUCGUACCUCCUCAGCGGGAUCCGCAUGUUGACCAACUUUGUUCCGCCUACGCCCGCUGUGACUAUGCCCUGCUUCUGGCCAGUAGCUGGACGGACCGCUGGCAUGCCUCUCUAACCAAGGCGCACGUCAAUCAGCUGGUGGAGAAACUCCGUUUCCUCGGCUACACCAAUUCUUAUAUGUCCACUUUCUUCAUGGACGCUUUCGCAAGUGGCGUCUUUUCGGACGCAGGUGGGCACCUGGCAGAAGUAUUUUCAUGCAAAGACUGGAGACAGUCUGCUUCCAUAACUAAUCUUGUCUAUUCACUAUUGGGCUGUAGGCAGACGACACCUUCUGGCAUGGACUCGUGUAGAUGAUGUUCAGCCUUCUGGUUUCUUCUUCAUUCUAUGCAUCGCAGACCCCAAUACCCAGUAAUAUCUAGUAAACGUUUGUGAGCCCUUCUAGUCUACCGCACAGAUGGGCUAAAAUAGGACUAUGAAGAGCCGUGAGUUCAAGUGGAACAACUUGCUAGUUGCGAACGGAAACCCACCGCCAAGGAGCUUCCAAAAGUAGGAAAUGUCCACAAGAAAUGUAUUUUGUGCAGUUCGUAACGUGCCUGCACUUAUUAGUGCGGUUCCGGUCACCGACGCCUUAGCUUACUUGCAAAAGAAGAGUAGAUUCAGCUCAGGCUGUGGAUUGAUACUCAGGUGCAAAGGAAUUUGGUGCCGAAGAUCUAAUUGCUGAAGGAGCCGCCACUCCACUAGAUACUACGCGCUGUCACUAAGCGAUGGCUUUGACAACAGGUAGUUCAGAAUGAAGCCUCGCGCGCUUUAUACUUUGCCAUAAUCUCACUAACUUGGUGUCGAAGAACAGGUCAGAGCUUGCUGUUCGAAUCUUGCCUCCUUUUAUGACAUGCUUGGCUUUCAACCGGUUAUUCCUAUGGGAAAGUGGACGUUACAAACAAAUUCCUAACCAAAAGGUGUUGGCUGAUGUUAAGUAAAGAUGAAAACUACGUCAAGUUCACUCCAUCCACUUGUCCUCUGCCAGUCAGUACGACAAAUUGGACCGGCUAUUACAAGACAUGAGACUGACUUCAUGCGUUCCCGUGAUUAAAGAGGCCUGUUCUGAAAGACACGCCUUCUCAGAUACUCUUUGAAAGAAAGUAGCAUUUAAGCGUGAACGCUGUGGACAAUCUCAGAAUUAUAUAAUAAGGUCACACAGAUAAAGCCGUAUUGCUCUCGAAGUUGUCAGCACUGGCCUGGAAGGUCAGAGGUUUUAUCCCCAGUAUGUUUCAUCUUAGAAAAUGCAAACGGAUGUAACAUUCCCGUCAGUGAAUUUCGAAAAAGUCGCGUGUUCAUCUAUGCACAAGUUUUCGAAAAUCAUGCAUACCAAAAAUUUUUCCUCUCCCCUGAUUUUAGACGAAGGUCCCCGGGACAGUCCCCGCCUCGAGGACAAGCCGAGUAAAGAAGGUUUUCGUGAACGGUUACGAAUCCUCUGCCACACUCCAAACUGUGUUUCUACACUCUUCCUCUACUUCAACAACUUUGUCCUGCCUGACGGCGACAUGCUGCUCUGGAACUUAAAGGAGGAUGGCGGCCAACAGGUACACAACGACAGCUGCAGCAGCAGCCUAGCAGUGAAAUUGUUUAGUUCGGGGUCCUGCUGCGGUAGACAGUUUUAGUGAAAUUUCAUGCUGCCCCCAGCAACGCCGGCUCUGCGACACACGUACACAAGUACGCAUGAAACGAACAGCCACACGUGAUCUUGGCCAGACACAAAACGGCCCAGUUUGCGACAGCCAGGACCAAACACAAGCGCACACGCCUUUUGAUAUUCACGCAAACACACGGUCAUGCGCACACAAAGAUCGGCGAUUGUCAACAGCCUGCUUGCUUUAAGAACAGAUUAAUUACCAAUUCAUAAAGGCAGGCAAUGAGGCAUGUGCUUGCCCGGGUAGGCCACCAGGCAUACGCGUCUUACUGGGUGAAGCCAGUUCGUCACGAAUGGUGUCGAGGACGAAGGCAGUGAAAACGAUGGGAGAUAGGUGACAGCUGCUGCGCUUUUAGUCUUUUUGUCGACGACGCGUUUAUGUUUUAUGCGCGUAGCUUUGAUUUAUUGAUACGCCUUCAGAAUAAAUGACCCUGUCAUAGAGGUUGGGACAUUGGAGUCUGAACGCGUUCGCGGUAAUUCGGGGAGCACUUUCUCCCUUGGCCGUCAUGCGUGUGUAUUUUUGCGCUUAUAAACACUAGAAAAAAUAGCUGUUCGAAAGGGCGAAGGCAGCGAAGUUAAAAACACAUCUGGACGCAACGGAAAUUGAAUAAAAUGCCAGCAAUAGACGGUUUCUGAUAGAAAAGACAUCAAGUAACUAUUUAACCGGAAGCUGUAUCCCCUUUGGAAUGUGUCUAUAUCUGCAAUUAAACUUGUCUUCAGUAAGUGACCCUGUUAGUCACUCUUCCGUCGUAAUAUUUUCUAUUGUGUGCAUCCAGAACGAAGUCUUCCCCAGCUAUCCAGCGCAAAAUUUUCAAUCACCACAGAAGGCUGACUAGAACCGUGACUAUUUUUCGAUUCCAGCAUGUGUGUAACGUGUUCUCACGUUAUUUCGCAUACAACAUCAUGCAUGCAUGUUGAUCCAGGACACCUUAUACAAGUCAACUUCUGUUGAUUAAAGCAUAAUCCCCGUUCUUUCUGGUUUAUCGUCCGUCCGAACAAUGAACAGCCAGAGAUGAAAAGGUUCAAACUCCGCUGCAUGCCGUCUCUCAUCACUGUAUUUAGUACGUAGCCAUCCGUCAUCAGGAGGUCAUGGGCGCCGGCCUUAGAAACUCACAGAAACCUGCAUGCAUCGGCUGCUGAGCAGUUGUCAGUCAGCUCGACAACUGAUGUUGUUUCUCAGCCGCUCCUUGCGACAGCCACCCAUUAACGCGAUGGAGAACAUGGGGUUAAAGAGGGUAGGGGCAAGCAUACAGCCCUGUAUUACCCGUUUGUCAGAGCGAGUGCCUCCGAGAUUAAGACGUUCUCCAAGAUGCACACAAUAAUCCCGUUGUGCCGUUGUCCAUCCGUCUGCCAGGGGCAUUACGGACAUCAGGAUGUUAGCAUUAUUUUCCAGUAUCCGUACCAAUUGACUGUGUCAAAGAUUUCAGUCAGAUCCGCAAAGGCAACUUGGAGGUUAGUUCGUAUUUCUUGUCGCCUUGCUUGCAUUUGUCAUGGUUACACUGUCCGAUCCCAGUAUUUUGAAUAUUUGAUGAUGACGACGACCACUCUAGGAAUGAUAAGCGCGAUAAAAUUAAACUCCCCGAUAUUGGCCCAGCGUCAUAUUACAGUUUGCACUUGGUAAAGUGGAAGAUGUCUCUGGUCUUUGCUCUCCGUUCUUUUCCUGGAAGCAUUGACCGACAGGGCUGGGUAGGCCUUCGAUAAAUAAGCUACAUUUGCCGUCAUUGUUUCUGCUCGGCAGAAACUUGAGGGAAAUCCAUGUUCAUGCCGCUCUCUUUCUCCUCAUCCACGAUUGCCACGUGGCAAUAAAAAGCUUUAAGCAAACUGUAUUUAAAGAACUCUCAGCAAACGGCCGUGUAUGGCAGUUAUGUGUUGUCCCUUGCCUUUUUUGACGAGUAGAUAAAAAGAAACGGUAUUGACAACAUUAUAGCACUUUACGCCUUCUGACUUUAGCAGAUGGUGAUUGUUCCGAUCCUUCUGAAUCAAACGCAAUAUAAAUAUUUAUUCUGAAUCUAACUUGUAAAGUAAGAACGAUUUUCAGAAAAAAAUACCCAGGAGUGAAUACAUCUUUCUUGUUUGUUGUCAUGUGGUUUUUACUUCAGACAAAUUUUCAGUACUAUCACUUUCCCUUUCUGGCAGGCAACAGUACUGGAAAGAUACAGUAUUGUAGAAUUUCUCGAUGACAUUAGUCUCUGCAAGGCCUCUCUCAUCUUCGCCGUAAUCGAUCAAAAUUUCGCGGGCGUUCUACUCCGCAAACUGGAGGAACGCACAGGAGAAUUUCCUAAUCUUGUGGUGUUCAGUGCCACUCGUCAGUCCAACACAAGCAACUCCGUCGAGGAAAGUGACAACAAGCAGACAAAUACUCCUUUCUCUCCGUUCUACGGACCCGACAGCCUCUUGCCCGGACAAUAUGAUAUUUACGGCAUAGAUGGACUCCUCACGAGUGCCAUUGACUUACUGCCGCUCUCGAAGCUGCCUAUCGCGGAGAUCGAAGAGGUGUGAAACGGUCGUUUAUUGUCACUUUUUGAUUUAAUGCGUCAAAAUUUCACUCGUUAGCUACUUGCGGCAACGUGUCCGAUUAAGUUAAUUUUCUAACUAUUAGAGUCUUCAAAGAGUUUUCUGCGAAACUAGGCAAACUGUCCUUUAAUUUGUGUCAGAGUAGCCAAACACAGAUGACCAACGUUGAUGGUUGAGCCGAUUUAAUGAUAUGCUUUGUCCAUUCUUUGCCUAGUUGCAAACUUUCAAUUAUUUCUUACUUAAUUUUCACUCCUGUAGGCUUUUAUCUCACAGAACAUCCAAGGAUACAAAGUGGGCGGACUUGAAAAAAUUAUUAAGAUAAAACAAUUGAAUCGUCUGUUGUCAUCAAAUGUAGACAAGGGUCUGUAACCGCGAUGCUCGGGGAAAGUAAAGCUGUGAUCUAAACCCCAUCUUCCAACAGGAUUAUAACAUUUACUGCAGGUUAUCCUAAGCUGUCAGACUGUUGUUAACCCCGAUGUGCUGACUAAAAUCGACUGGCAAUUCAUCUUUUAAAAAGAUAUUACUCUGAGUUUUUGGUCUUUAUAGCGCAUCAAAAGCUACUUUCCUCAAUUGAACCUCGGCACCUUCUAUGGAAGCCACGUGCCAAUUCAUACGGCAACUCUCUUCACGAAAUCCGCUGCCAAACCGAAUUUUCCCUUUCUCCGAGGAAGUCUGGACAAGAGACCAAACCAGUAUGUUUACAAUUCGGGGAAGGGGGCCCUGGGCGGACCGUCUGGAGGCACUGGCUAUGCGGUAGCCCCAAUUGACCAGCAGGUUGCAGGCUGCGUCAACGUUUCUCCAAUUGACUGGCUUCGGAAUUACCUAAAGGUACCGGACGGUAAUGCCGAGCCAGCUUCGUGA